CAGCUCACCGACCAUCUUGAAACUGUUUCAUCACAAUUCCUAGCAGAAAAUCAUCGAAACAAUGAAGUUCUUGUCAGCCUCCAUCGCUCUCUUGGCCUGCGCCACUUCUGUUGAGGCUUUCAAUGCCAACAAGGCAUUCCGUUUCGGCGCUAAGGCAAUGCCUGAGGUGUCUUCGGAAUCCGCAACUUCUGCUCUGUCCGCUGGCGGCGCCGAAAAGAAGUCAUACGACCUCGACAUCACUGAGAUCUUUGAUGGAAAUAAAAAAUUCAUUGAAACCAAGAAGGCGCAGGAUGCCGCUUAUUUUGACACCCUGGGAACAGUCCACUCUCCCAAGUACUUGUACAUUGGAUGCGUCGAUGCCCGUGCUCCUCCGAACAUGAUCAUGGGAACUGAGGCUGGAACCAUGUUGACUGUCCGCAACAUUGCCAACAUGGUGGUCAACAACGACUUGGCUGUCAUGUCUGCCAUACAGUUCGGAAUUAACGUCCUCAAGAUCCCGCACGUUAUCGUCUGUGGUCACUAUGAAUGUGGUGGUGUCCGUGCUUCCGUCGCCAACGUGGACCAUGCCCCUCCGCUUUCGAUCUGGCUCCGUAACAUCCGUGAUGUCUACCGUCUCCAUGCUCGUGAACUCGACGCCAUCAAGGACCCCGAAGACCGUCACCGUCGUCUUGUCGACCUGAACGUGAUCGAACAGUGCGUAAACCUGUACAAGACUGGAGUAAUUCAGGCAAAGCGCAUUGAAAGCUACCAAGAGGGCGCCCCUGCUGCGAUCCCCCGUGUACACCCUAUUGUCUUCGACCCGAAGACUGGUGCCAUUCGUAAGCUGCAGGUUGACUUCGACAAGUACAUGAGUGAGCUCGAUGCCAUUUAUGAUUUGUACGAACUUGAAAACGCCAAGAUCCCUGCCUAAACUUGGAAAAUGAUUCUGUGUAAUUAAUUUAUGCUAUAAUCAAUACCAUUUUUCUCCG